ACUGAUUAUUCAGUAACAGCUUCCAAAUUCAUUGACCCUUUUCCUUUUUUUAUUUUUAGAUUUAAUUUUUGUUUAUUUGGCUUCAGUGAUAAAUUUUCAGCAUCUAUUUCAAGGUUUCGUCUUUUUUUAUGAUUGGAUUCUUUCGUAGUUCUCACCCAUCUCGAUUUUCCCAACUUGUUUCCUCUUAUGUAUCAAUAGGGUUGCUAUUCCUUUUUUAUUUUUUUUAUUCCCUCUACGUGCCUUCUUUUUUCGCCAGAAUUUCUUAAUUUGGUGGAUGUUCGAGGUUCGAUUUGGUACGUUUUUUUUCGAUUUAGGGUUAGGGUUUUGUGUCUUCUAGUCAAUGGGUUUGUUGCAUGCAAAUUGGGGUGUUUAUUUUCGUACCCGCUUCAAAACUUUAUUCGGUUCUGUUGCAGUGAGCAAUGGGCACUAGCUGUUUUCGAUUUUUUCGUGAAACAAAGCAUCAAAAUUUUAACUUUUUUUUUUUUUUCUCUCUUUAGGAUUUUGAUUCGGGACGAUUUUUUCUUUUCCUUUUUUUUUGGCUUCGUAGUGCAUUGAAUUGGUGGUGCAUUUGGUCGAAUUUGCUCUCUACGAAUUGAACAAGCUGAGAUGAUGCGAUGAAGUUUAUUGCUUGGAGGGUAUUCUCAGUGUAGCACUCUCAAUUUCGAGGCGGAAUGUUCAGUCCGAGUAUGGAUUCUGCGAGGGAUGCGAGUGGUGUUGCAGGGACGGUGUUAAUUCCCAUGCGGUUUGUGUGGCCAUAUGGGGGCAGAAGUGUGUAUCUCAGUGGUUCCUUCACACGGUGGUCUGAGUUUCUACGAAUGUCGCCGGUCGAAGGUUGCCCAACUGUGUUUCAAGUUAUUCAUAGCUUGGCCCCUGGUUAUCAUCAGUACAAGUUUUUUGUUGAUGGAGAAUGGCGGCAUGACGAGCAUCAACCUUUUAUAUCUGGAGAAUAUGGAAUGGUUAACACUGUUUUACUGGCUACCGAGCCUAAUUUGGUACCUGUUUUAACUCCAGAUAUAGUUUCUGGAUCUAACAUGGAUGUGGAUAAUGAGGCUUUUCAGCGUGUGGUAAUAGUCCGGUUGACAGAUGGUGCAUUGAGUGAAGUGUUGCCGAGAAUAUCAGAUGUUGAUGUACAGACCUCCCGUCAGCGUAUUUCUGCAUUCCUGUCUAUGCGCACAGCUUAUGAAUUACUUCCCGAGUCAGGCAAGGUUGUUGCCUUGGAUGUUGAUCUGCCAGUGAAACAGGCAUUUCACAUACUGCAUGAGCAGGGAAUUCCCAUGGCUCCUCUUUGGGACUUCUGCAAGGGGCAGUUCGUUGGAGUUCUAAGUGCUUUGGAUUUUAUUUUAAUUUUAAGAGAGCUAGGGAAUCAUGGGUCCAAUCUGACUGAAGAGGAGCUUGAAACACACACCAUUUCAGCUUGGAAAGAAGGAAAAUGGACAGCAUUUCCAAGACGUUUUGUCUAUGCAGGGCCGUAUGAUAACUUGAAAGAUAUUGCAGUGAAGAUCCUGCAAAAUGAAGUUUCAACAGUUCCUAUCAUCCAUUCAUCUUCUGAAGAUGGUUCAUUUCCACAGCUACUACAUCUUGCUUCCCUUUCAGGAAUACUUAAAUGCAUUUGCAGGUAUUUUCGGCAUUGUUCUAGUUCAUUGCCUAUACUUCAACUUCCAAUUUGUGCAAUUCCUGUGGGCACAUGGGUGCCCAAAAUUGGGGAGUCAAAUCACCGGCCUCUAGCAAUGUUGAGACCAAGUGCUUCGCUUACUUCAGCCCUAAACUUAUUAAUUCAAGCUCGAGUAAGUUCAAUACCAAUAGUUGAUGAUAGUGACUCAUUGCUGGAUAUAUAUUGUCGGAGUGAUAUAACAGCUUUGGCAAAGGACAGAGCUUAUACACAUAUUAAUCUUGAUGAAAUGACUGUUCAUCAGGCAUUGCAGUUGGGUCAGGAUUCUUGUAAUACUUAUGAACUCAGAAGUCAACGAUGUCAGAUGUGUUUGCGAUCUGAUUCUCUGCAUAAAGUGAUGGAACGUUUGGCAAAUCCAGGUGUCAGACGGCUUGUUAUCGUGGAAGCUGGGAGCAAGCGCGUGGAAGGAAUCAUUUCACUGAGUGACGUAUUCAAGUUCUUCCUUGGUUAGUUUGCAUUGCCUUGGUGACUCAACAAGUUGGACAGUUAUGAUGAUCACACUUGUGCGUAGAAACAGGCAACCAUCAUCUGCCCAGGCUAUUAUAAAGAGCUUUUACACGGUCAUUUCAUCUUUAUUUCAAUUGGAUUGGCCUCUUGCUUCAUUGCCUUGUUUUAAGAUUUUAGGCUAGAGAAAAAGAGGCCUGUAAAUUGAGUCUUUGAUUGUCCCAAAUUUAUUCAUCACCCCCCCAUUCAUAUUAUCUUCAAAUAUGUUGUGCUCCUGAUAUAGAUACAACCAAAGUGGGGUGCACGUGUUCUGUAAUCGUUCCAUAUUGUGAAGAUACAAAGUUUUCGGGGAAUUUUUUUUUUAUGGGAGGACAAAUAUUUGAAAUACUAUUGUUUUGUAGA